AUGUUUUUAAUAUUACAGGAAAUCUUGAGUGAUGGGAAUGAGGAUGUAGAACAAGAACCAGAUGAAGACACUUCACAUAAGAAGGUGCACAGAAAGAAAACUAAGAAGAAAGGUGGUCGUCCCACACAGGAAUUCAAAGAUUUCGGCGAGGUUUUGCGAGAGAAACGACAUGCUACUCUUCCAUAUCACCUCAUUGGUGGAAAUCUCCUAAAAUCAUGUGAGUUUAUUGCAAAGAUGACCGUUGGGAAGUACCGUUCGAAAAGCGAACUUACUUCUUAUAGAGUCGGUGGAGUAGUUGUUUCAAUUGGGUCCGUUCGUUUAGCUUCUCUUCCUCGUAUUAUAGACGACCAAAACGUACUUCACGUCGACAUUUUUGUUACGCAAGCUGUCUUCAAGUCAGUUUUUCGUCCGACCAUCGAUACUUUCGAUACUUUUUGUUGUUGUGGUGUCACUGGAAGAAACUACUUUCCGAAGCUUCACAUCAGCAACUUUAUUUGCAGACCGAUUGUUGGUCACAUAUACGAGGCUCGUGUUACUCAUAUUGCUGAAGAUUUUAUAUCGGCUCUUAUACUUGAAGCGAUUUCCAUCAACACUCCACUGGAUGGCAAAAUUGGUGCAAAAUUGAAAGGUAAGCAAUGUUUGGAAUUACGAUGA